AUGAAACUUUUUUUAAAAAAGUUUGGUAUAAAAUUUUCAAAUAAAGAAUUGAUGCAUCAAGUUUGCACUCAUAAAUCUUUUAAUUCGGUUGAUUCACCUACAAAUGAACGAUUAUGUUUUCUUGUGAUUGAAUUGUAUUCAACUGAUUAUUUUAUAAAAGAGUAUGAGGAUUUGUCAGCAGAUAAAUUGAACGAUAUAGUCGGCGGAUAUGUAGAUGUAAACAAAGAUAAUAACAAAAUUGGAAUAAUUGGAAUGAAAAUGGGAUUAAACAAGUUGAUGUAUUGGACACCAAUAAAUUAUAAAGCAUUAGAAGAAUCAAAAUUACAGGAAACUUAUUUAGCACCCUCAGGAGAAUUAAAGGUCGUUGGCAAAACUCUUUUGGCACUUGUAGGUGCUAUAUAUCAUGACAAGGGAGCAUUAGCAGCAAAAAAUUUUAUUUAUAAAAACAUAUUAUCAGUAAACGAAGAAGAAGAAUAA